GCGCUGUCUACGUUUACACACAGCUCUCCAACUCAGUUCGAAACAUUUGGCCUUACUAUAGAGGGAGAUGGUGCCUGCUGGACAGCGGCUGCGUCAGCUGGCAGCAGCCGCUGUGGACGCCGUGUCGCCUGAUCAGCUGGUGCGCCGCGCCCUGCAGCGGCACGACGACCAGCUGACGGUGGACGGCCGCAGCUACACGCUAAGCCGCAACGUGUACCUGGUGGGCGCGGGAAAGGCAGUGCUGGGCAUGGCAGCAGCAGUUGAGCAGCUGCUCCAUCCACACCUGGUGCGCGGCCUGCUGAGCGUGCCGGUGGGCGCGCGGCCGGCGCACCUGCUCCCCGGCAUCGAGGUGUGCGAGGGCGCCGCCGACAACCAGCCGGACGCGGCGGCGGCGCGCACAGCCGGCCGCAUCGCCGAGCUGGCGGCGGAGCUGUCUGCCGGUGACCUGCUGCUGGUGCUGCUGUCGGGCGGCGGCUCGGCACUGCUGCCGGCGCCGCGGCCGCCGCUCACCCUGCCGCUCAAGGCCUGCCUGUCGCGUCAACUGGCGGAGCGCGGCGCCUCCAUUCAGGAGCUGAACGCGGCGCGGCGCGGCCUGUCGCGCCUCAAGGGCGGCGGGCUGGCGCGGCUGGCACGGCCCGCGCGCACGCUGGCACUCAUCCUCUCAGACGUGGUGGGCGAUCCGCUGGAUCUGAUCGCCAGCGGCCCGACGUGUCUGCUGCUGGGCGGCGAGACCACGGUGAUCGUGCGCGGCGCCGGCCGCGGUGGCCGCAACCAGCAGCUGGCGCUGGCGUUCGCGCUCGAGCUGGAGCGACUGGUGCGCGAGCGGCGCCUGCCGCCGACGGCGCGCGCCGCCCUGCUCUGCUUCGGCACCGACGGCAGGGACGGGCCGACGGACGCGGCCGGCGCCGUGGUCGACCAAGCGGUGGCGGCCGACGCGCGGGCGGCCGGCCUCCGUCCCGAGCAGUACCUCGCCGACAACGACUCGUACGCGUUCUUCGCCCGGUUCCGCAGCGGCGCGCACCACAUCCUCGUCGGCCAGACGGGCACCAACGUUAUGGACGUGAUGGCGCUGGUGGUGGAGCAGCCGCCGCCGAGGGACCGGGCGGCGGGCUAGCCGUCUCCGCCUCGCGCUUGAGCGGUAUCAGCGCUGGCUGGGGCGGGGACAUGCUCCGUCGUCGGCGCGGGGCCGAGCUUGCCGCUCGGGCCACGUAUGUGCCAACUCCAGAACGCCAAUGACGCGCGACACGUUCCCGGCGUAGUCACCUGUAUCGAACUCAGGCCAGUGGGAAAUUGGGUUCCGAGCGGUCUUGAGGGCGGGUUUAUGUGAUGCGUUAUCGUGCGAAAGAUGCACAAGGAUUAAAUCAUACAGGUAUGGGACGCACUAGCAUUCCGAUGGUUCAGUUACGCCUUAGGUACGGGAGCGAGGCUUCGUAAAAUGUAGUAUGCGUUCGUGUGUGUGUGGGGAGGGGGCAGGGGAGCGAGUUUUUGCAAAGCCCGCACGUUUUCGCGCCAAGUGAUAUCUGGUGAUCUGUUGCCGGAUGAGGGCUGGGGUCGGUACCGGCGCCGGAGCGAGACUGCAGAGAUGGACAGUUCCACCCAUGUGCAAGCACACUGCAGAGAUCUGAUAUGUAACCUAUAGAUUUACACAUUUUAUAUAAAGCAAAGUAUAUGGCAUAAAGGCUAAGCCAAUACUGUACUGUGACCCAUUCGUUCGGUCCCGCUGUUUUGGUUGGUGGCAGGGGUUCAAAGACCUUGUGGCGGGCAAAACGUGGAAGGCAUACAUCACAGCUGGGCGUGUUUCAGCUGUCAGCUAUUGAGCCCGCUGGAGGGCUGGUUUGCGCCGAUGGUCCGGGCGGCGUCGGGAAUGCUCACCAGCGGA